AUGAAGAAAGAUGUUGAUCGAGGACUAGGAAUCAGUCACAAGGUGGAUUCUGCAUCUCAUGUUGGAAACAAAGUUCUACCAAUUAUAAGUGAGACCACAUUGUCAACCUCCACUAACACAAAUGACCAAUGUUGCUCGGCGGAAAAGAAAGACAUGCUUAAAGGGGACAAAGCCAACACCAUGUCAAGAAUAAAAGAGCUAUUGAGAUGGGCUACUGUUCCAAAAUCAGAGAAGGGAGGAAAAUUCAUUGUUCGAAAGGUUCUUCACUUCCGAAACCGUGGAACCCCGAAAGUUGUGAAAGAUGAUGACCAACUUAGCAAUGACUCUCCAAAGAUCAGUUUUUGUUGGGAUGUGGAAAGCUGCUCUACCACUUCUUCUGCCUACUCAACGAUGUCUAUGGCAUCCUCUUCAAAACUAACCCUGAUUCAAGACAAAGAUCAUAUCAAUUCUAGAAAAGGAAACUGGAUCACCACAGACUCUGAAUUCGUGGUGCUAGAGCUUUGA